CCUCGCCCGUCACAGCUCAGGAAGGCGCCUGCCACAUACGGCUCUGGGAAGGUGCCGAGCAAAAGGCUCCCGGGAGAGAGACGGUGAGCGGGGCUGUAGGGUGGGCGCGUGGGAUCUGUCCUGACCACAGCCAUGCCGCUGCCCCUAUUGUGCUGCCCAGAUGGAGAAGCCCUCGCACCAGGACAGGGUGGCUUCCUGCGUGCCACUCGCAUCCCAGGGCUGCACUACAUUGGCACACGGCCGCAGUCCCGCCUGCGCCGCCUGCUCUGGGGCUUGGCCUUCUUGGCCUCUGCAGGGCUGCUGGCCACUGGAGCUACCGACCGCCUGCACCACUUGCUCUCACACCCCGUGCACACACGGGCACGCCUGGCCAGAGUGCCCCAGCUCCGCUUCCCGGCUGUAACCCUCUGCAACCCGAACCGGGCGCGCUUCCUGCAGCUCACCAAGCCUGACCUGUACUCGGUGGGGCAGUGGUUGGGGCUGUCUCGGGAGGACCGCUCGCUGGUGCCUGAGCUGCUGGCCGUGCUGGAGGAUGAGCAGCGCCGCUGGCUCACGCGCCUUGCCAACUACUCACGCUUCCUGCCACCCCGUCGCUCCGAGCGCACCAUGCAGAGCUUUUUCCACCGCCUGAGCCAUCAGAUAGAGGACAUGCUGGUGGAGUGUCGCUUCCAGGGCGAGCGCUGUGGCCCGCAGCACUUCAACCCUGUCUAUACACGUUACGGCAAGUGCUACACCUUCAAUGGGGACCGGAGGAACCCUCGAGUGACCCGCCAGGGUGGCAUGGGCAACGGGCUGGAGAUCAUGCUGGACAUCCAGCAGGAGGAAUACCUGCCCAUCUGGAGGGAGACCAAUGAGACAUCUUUCGAAGCUGGCAUCCGUGUCCAGAUCCACAGCCAGGAUGAGCCGCCCUACAUCCAUCAGCUGGGCUUUGGUGUCUCGCCCGGCUUCCAGACGUUCGUGUCUUGCCAGGAACAGCGGCUCACCUACCUGCCGCAGCCGUGGGGGAACUGCCGGGCCAGUGUGCAGGGAGAGCAGACACUGCCUGGCUAUGAUACCUACAGCAUUGCUGCCUGCCGCCUGCAGUGUGAGAAGGAGGCCGUGGUGCGGAGCUGCCACUGCCGCAUGGUCCACAUGCCAGGCAAUGAGUCCAUCUGCUCUCCCAAUGUGUACAUCGAGUGUGCUGACCACACGCUGGAUGCAGCAGUGGAGGACAGCCAGGAGCGCUGCAGCUGCCCCACACCAUGCAACCUGACCCGCUACGGCAAGGAGAUCUCCAUGGUGCGCAUCCCCAACAAGGGCUCGGCACGCUACCUAGCCCGAAAGUACAACAAGAAUGAGACCUACAUUCGGGAGAACUUCCUGGUGCUGGAUAUCUUCUUCGAGGCACUCAACUAUGAGGCCAUUGAGCAGAAGAAAGCCUACGACCUUGCUGGGCUUCUCGGGGACAUCGGGGGGCAGAUGGGCCUGUUCAUCGGCGCUAGCAUCCUUACCAUCCUGGAGAUCCUGGACUACAUUUAUGAGGUGAUCCGCGACAGGGUGAGUCGUGUCCUGCGGCGCUCCAAGCCACCCCUGAAGAAGCCCUCGGGGAGCAUUGCCACACUGGGGCUGGAGGAGCUCAAGGACCAGAGCCCCUGUGAGACACUGGGCCGGCACGUGGAGGGCACCUACAAUGCGGGCAUCCUGCCCAACCACCACCACCGUCACCACUACCCUCACCAGGGUGUCUUCGAGGACUUCGCCUGCUAGGACAGCUGGGGUCAGGGGGUUCCAGCUGGGGUUCCCCACCCCUUGCAGCCCCAUCCUCAUGGAGAGGGAUUGUGGCCCUGGGACCGGCACUGUCGCUGCCCCCAGCCCCUUCGUCCAGCCCCUCCGCUUGCCCUGUCUCAGCACACAGAGUCGGGGGCCGCCCCGCCAGCCAGCAGCAGAAGUGGCCUCACAACUUGGCUGCCUGCAGGAGCAGACUAGCAGGGGGCAAGGACAGGCACACUAGGGGGGAUUGGGGGGGCAGGGGGCCCCCGCAAGGCAGUGCGUGCAAGGGGUGAGCUGGAUUUCCUGCAAACCCCUCCAAACCCCUCCCCACUGACCUCUCCUGAAGGGGGUCUCUGCCCUGCACUGUCCCCCCAGGACCACUCAUCCCCUCCCAGAGAAUGUCGCCAUCAUGCUGCAGGUCAGGCAGGGCCGGAGGACACUAUCUGCAGCUUCACCUGCAUGGCACCACCCUGCCACUCAUCUGGCCCCUGGCACCACCACCACUGUGACACCCCCCAGACAUCUCCCCACCUUGCCCCAGUCCCACAUACCCUGCCAGGGCUGAGGUUCCCUCCCCACUGCUAUUCCCAGCUAGACCCCUGCACUGUGACUUUCCACACUCCUGUUUUAGCCCUGCAAAAUGACUGUCUGCCCCAAAUCCUCUCCUCCCAGUGCCCCACAUCCCGUGCAUUGCCCAAAGCAGAUUGCCCCAGGUGCAGUUCCCCGGCACGCCUGGGCAGUGUUGAGGCACCUGUCCUUGUUACCCAACUGUUGCAGCUCUUCUGCACCAUGCACGUACCCCUGCCACCUUCCUGCCCCCCAGGUGCCGAGCACCCACUGUGCCUCCCCCAGACUGUAUACAGAUAGGAAGGUGCCCUGCACCCAGUCCUCCUGCUGCCGGGGGUGGCAGGGCCUCAGCAGGACCCCCGGCACCCCAAUUCCCAUAGGACAUUGCCUCCCCCUCCACUGUAGCAGACACCAGCGCAGGGCAAAUAGCCCCAAAAUAUCUCAGGAGGCGGGGGGCGGGCUAACAAAGCCCCCCUCAAGACGCACAUGUGGCAGAGAGGAAUCCCCAUGGCAGGAAUUGGUGACCUCAGGGGGAGGCUGGCUGGGACCAGUCCUUGUCCCCAGUACCCGGAGACCACAGCCAUGCCCUGGCCAAAGCCAUAGUUGCAGGAGGAGUCCUAUGUGUGGGGCAUGGGACAUAGGGUACGAGGACCAGGGCAUCUGCAUAGCCCAGUGUCCCUGCAAAUACACCCACAGUUGGAAUUGUUUUCUCCAAUGGUGCAAGCAUUGUGGGUAUCCAACACUCCUGCACAGGGGCACACAAAAACAACCCCUAAGUAGGGCAUGCACAGUGUGCACCAGGGGGGUCCUGGUGCCCGUGGGGUUGUGGCAUGUAUGGUGUGGGUCCCCAGCCCCAGGGAAUGCCCCCAUCCCCCAUGCCUACCACCUCCUCCUGCACCAUCAUCUGGGCACAAGCAGCAGCAUCUCCACGGUGCUAGGUGGGCGGGAUGGCGCCCAGUGCUGUGUGCAGGCCAUUCCAAUAGGAGCAAGCCCUGGAAGGGGUGGGCAUAGGCACCAUGGUGGGAGGGGACCAUUGGAGAUGUGCGUCAUUGUUUUAUAAAUGUACAAAAGCUCCCUAAUAAAGAGGCACAAGUA